GGGUAAUGAGUCACAGUUUCAAUCCGCUCAGUUUCACUUCAGUUUUCACUCCGACUUUAACUUUACAGACGACAUAAACAUGCAGAAUCAGAACAGAAACCAGAAAACCAUCAUCCCCACGGUCCAGUAUCACCCGAGCAUCCAGAACCCCACAGCCAAACCCAGACCCAGUCAAGCCCAGAAGACCAGUCCUGCUGUGGACCGCCGCCCCCAAAUUCGGGGUCCUCGGAAUGGGAGGCUUCAGACUGGGAGCCCUCAGACUGUGAGGCCUCAGACUGGGAGCCCUAAGACUGUGAGGCCUCAGACUGGGAGCCCUAAGACUGUGAGGCCUCAGACUGGGAGCCCUAAGACUGGGAGGCUUCAGACUGGGAGCCUCCAAGUUGAUCCAGGUCCUGUCGGAGGAUUGCCCUGUGAUGGCAGACAGAGACAGAGCGCUCAGAAAGCCUGUACGAAGGCAGUUCAGGGAGCUGCUGCAGAUGUGGACCCUGACAGGACCCCUCUCAGACCGGAGCAGGUCCCUCCGGGUGUGGGGGUCCAGGUGGACAGAUGUGUUGUGAAGGAGGUGGAGCUUCUGACCCGCGGACAGAGUUCUAACCCGGACUGGUUUGCUUGGAGGAAGAACCGGAUCACAGCCUCUGUGGCUCACCGCAUCGCUCACUGCCGCUUCAGCAGCGGCAAGAGCAAAACCCCGCCCACCUCCUACCUGGCUACGAUCACAGGUGAGGGGCGGAAAGUCCAGACCAGAGCCAUGUCCUGGGGGAUCCAGAUGGAGGCCGAGGUCAUCCGCAGGUAUCAGGUACAGCUCAACACACCUGAUGUCCAAACUGUCUUGUCAGGAUGUCAUCAGGACCAACACUUCAGCGCCAAGUCAAUGUCCCCAGUCUGACAGUGAGCCGGCACACCCAGACAAUACCAUCGGUGCUGUCCAUCACCUGGUUCCACUAAGUCCUGUUCAGUCCAGUUUAAUUUAGUUCAAUACAGCACACAUGGUGAUGGUGAUAAUGGUGAUGAUGAUGAUGAUGAUGAUGGUG